GCAACCAUGGAAAUUGUCAACUUCCGGUGUAUUUUGUCAACAAACUAACAAUCAACACAAGGGAUCGGUCUCAUUCGAAUGGUCCGGUUUAGGUUAAAUAUUUUGAUUAUAAAAACCUUCUACAGUAGACAUAUGUAACUUAUUCCUGUCAAUGUAACUUUGAACACAACAUUUGAAAUUUAAAAAAAAAGUAUUUACAAGAUGAAUAUAAAUGGUGAUAGUGAAGGCUUUGAGAACCAGGCCCAUGAACUUGUUGACCGGGUCAUAGACAAUGCCAGGAAACGAAUCCUCAAAGACAUUGGAGUCAACGAAGAUGAGGAUGGGAGACCUCUAUCAUCUAUCAGGAGUUACAGCACCCUGCUCUACAGAGAAACUGAAGACUACGAGAUCAAAGAUAUAGUUUGGAUGACUAUUGAGGAAUUUAGUGUUGAGGAAGGAGAGAAGAAGAUUAAUGAAUUUGUGCAAACUUGGGAUUAUGAAGACAGCUGGUUGUACUGUAUCGACUUCUUACGAGAGGAAGAGGAUGAUUUUAGUAAAAAAUAUCGUUAUCAGGUUCGGUGGAGCAUACCGACACGCAGGAAGCCAAUACCAAGAGCAACUGCAUGUGUCUACUUUACCAUUGAAGUGUCUAAAAUGAAACCAAAGCAUUUUCCAGUGGACGUUUACUACAUCUUUGAAACAAACAGAUUGGUGCACAAACCAGGACAGUCGCGGUUCAGAAGUCGGUGGUUAAAGGACGUCAUUGAAAACAAAACCCUCAUGAUGAAUGCGAUUGACUUCUGAUAAAACCUGUUAAACCCAGUUUACCAGUCACACCCAUUUAACAAGCAACUGAAACCCAGUACUGUACUGUGUGGUUGUAAUGCUAUUUACUUGUGUUUUCUUUGUUGAAAGUUUUUUUUUUUUUAAUUUCUUUUUUCAUAAAAGUCAAUUGGAAAAGAGUAAAAAAUUCGGACUUAGACUCUGUUGUACAGUUUGUAUAUAUCAUUAUAUCAAUAAUAUUGUCUUGAAAAAUAAAAAAGUUAAAAGAAUAUAUAUUGGUUUGAUUUUUUUUCAUUUGUUUUUAGUAGGCCUAUUUUUUUUACAGUAAUUUUCUCUUGAACAGUACUAUGAAAUGUUUAUGAGCAUGUAAAAGUAAACAGGUGUUUUCCACAAUGACAUAAUGAGAACUAAUGUUGAAAUUAUAAAGUAAAAAAAAAAAUUCAUGUGAAAACCAACACAACCCCACAGAGACUAGAACUAGGGCUGCAAUGGUACUAGGAAAGGUAAAUUGCAGAGUUCUAACCAAUGUUAAUAAUAACCAUAAUGCACUAUUACCAACUAUUGCAUAUAGAAUUGAAUUGCAUACUGUAAAUUCUAUCAUGUAUUCUAUAUUAGUAAAACAAAUGUUCCA